AAUACAGCUGAUACAGCAGGUAAUUUAAACUCGACACAUAACCGUAUACCAUGCAAUAUACUUGAUUAUGUAUACGGAAAAAUUCGUACAUUUACGUUUAAAUAUGUCGCAAGUCAGAUCGAGUAAUAAACUUUCGUAAUUGCAUGAAGAAACGAGGAUCAAAGUCGGCUUUUAAGUCGACAAUACGGUCGCUAGCUACGAAAUUGCGUAAUGAAACGAUAAAGCAAAAAAAAAAGAAUUUAUCAAAGUGCCACAUCUGUUUUAUCCGUUCUUCGUGAUUCAUCCUGUAUUGUGAAGCGCGGAUACGCGCAGCGGUCGAGGAAACGUCGAGCGGUGGUGAUAGACAUAAAACUUCAUCAAAACAAUAAUCACGCACUUGAAUCAUGUUUCAAAACGUAAAUAGAGAACUGGUCCCUAUAAAAUUACAUUAUUUUCUUUACAAUGCUGCAACGGCACCAAUGGUGCAAUUUUUGCCAACAAUUGGGAAACAAUUGGGCUUUUCUUCGACGUUAGUGGGCACGAUAUACACAGUAUUACCAAUUUCUGGCCUAAUUGCAAAACCAUUGUUCGGUAGUUUAGCUGACAAGUUCAAAUUACACAAAGUCUUUUUCUUGAUAUUCCAAGCUGUAUUAACAAUAGCCUUCUUCUCUAUUUAUUUUAUUCCUGAAGUCGACAGAAGUGCAAAUAUUACUCUUACCUGUGAUAAAAACAUACCCUAUCUAGAGAUUUGUCCAGAGAAGGAAUUCUCAACGAAAGCAAUAGAUGCCGUAAUAUUAGAGAAUAUCCAUAUUCAUUCAGCUUGCCAGUUAACUUGCACAGGACCAUCACAGGGUUAUUUAGAGUUAUCUGGCAGAAAUGUUUCUACAAACAGCACAUUCAGGGUUGAGGCUGAAUUUGAUGUAUACAAAGACUUGCUUACGCAGAAAUGCAUAAAUGUAAAGGUGUACCAGUUUCAAGAUGAAACUCCAGUAUGUGGAAAUCUGCUGAGAACUCCAUGCAACGCGAUCUGUCACGAUAACAGUGCGUUUAAUCAUCUUUUGCAAGAAGCUAAGAACUCGCAUACGAGACAUUCUACGUAUCAAUUUCAUCUGUUUCUAUGGGCGGCUAUAAUAAGCUGGAUUGGAAUGGCUGUUGUAGUUAAUAUAGCGGAUGCUAUCUGUUUCGACCUUCUCGGUUACGAGAGGAGGAGCGAUUACGGUAAACAAAAAAUGUGGGGCAGUGUCGGUUUCGGUAUUCUUGGUAUAAGCGCGGGCUAUCUGGUGGAUGUCUUUAGCAAAAAAACAUACGAGAAAGAUUACACUUGUAUAUUUUACAUCAUGCUGGUGCACAUGAUCGGCGAUAUCAUCGUGACUGCAACAUUGAGAAAGAAAAAUCCGGAAUGCUCCGCGGAUGAACCGUCGCUGUUGCGGGAGCUAUUAAACGUUGUCAAAGAAGCAAGAGUGUUGGUGUUUGCUUGGUGGUGCAUAGGCGCUGGAAUGUGCACGGCGGUCGUGUGGAACUUUCUCUUUUGGUACAUGGAAGACUUAGCAAUGAGCUCUCACAUCACGUGGAUCAAAACACUGCAGGGUCUUAUGACAGGUGUUCAGUGCUUUUUAGGGGAGUUACCCUUCAACUUCAUAUCGGGCAGCGUGUUGAAGAAACUUGGCCACGUCAACGUGAUGAGUCUCGUCUUGCUUAUUUAUGCAAUUAGGUUUAUGGGAUACAGCAUUAUAUCAAAUAUUUGGUUGUUCUUAAUCCUUGAGCUGCUUCAUGGACCCUCAUUUGGUUUAUGCUGGCCAACAAUGGUAUCUUACGGUGACAAAGUGACACCAUCCGGUACAAAAGCAACAAUGCAGGGCGUUGUUGGUGCUAUUUUCGAGGGAAUCGGGGUAGCGAGUGGUAGUUUCAUAUGUGGUUGGUUGAUGGACACUUACGGAGGUGUUACAGCACUGAGAACCUUUUCAGUGGGCGCACUUGUGUGGUUAGGCAUAUUUUGGUUGAUGGAACUCUUGCUAAGAAGAUUGAAGGUCUACCCGUUGCAUCGAGGCCAUAAUCAUUUAGCGAAUUAUGCCAAUCCAGACGACGCAAUUCUUAUGACGAUAAGUCAAGAAUUACAAACCUAUUAACAAACAAAGCAAUUUGAUAAGCAUUAAACUCAUCAAAUGUAUAUGGGAUGAAAUACCGUCACACAGUCGUCAAUGAGUAACUGAUUAAAAUUAACUUUUCUGAUUAAAAUCAACUUUUCACUGCUUUUGUACGUUGAAAUCAAUAUUUGUCGUCGUGAUAAUAUUGCAUAAUAUUCGAAGGAAAUUUGAUUCAUUCAGUAUUAUGUAUUAUAAGUGUAAAUUAUAUUGCAUAUGAUGUUUCGUAAUAUAUACUUUUCUAGAUUA